GACUACGACUCCCAGCAGCCUCUUCAUCACGACAAACGGUCCCGCAGCCACAUCGGAUCCGGAGGCGGAGGCGGCAGCAGCAGCAGCGGAGGCCGUAGGAGCAACUGGAGACAAUGGCGGCGGGAAGCGACUUGUUUAACCCCGGGACGGAGGAAGAGGGUCCAGGGCUCAGUGCCAAGACGCUGCUGCCCAAGCUGCUGCCGGCGGGCUCAGCUGGCCGGGAGUGGCUGGAGCAGCGCCGGGCCACCAUCCGGCCCUGGGGCCCCUUCCUGGACCAGCGGCGUUUCUCGCGGCCUCGAAACCUGGGUGAGCUGUGCCAGCGCCUGGUGCGCAACGUGGAGCAUUACCAAAGCAAUUACGUCUUCGUCUUCCUGGGCCUCAUCCUGUACUGCGUGAUCACGUCCCCCAUGCUCUUGGUGGCCUUGGCCGUCUUCUUCGGAACCUGUUACAUCCUCUACCUGCGCACCCUCCAGUCCAAGCUGGUCCUCUUUGGCCGAGAGAUGAGCCCAGCACAUCAGUAUGCCUUGGCAGGGGGCGUCUCUUUCCCCUUCUUCUGGCUGGCUGGAGCUGGCUCAGCUGUCUUCUGGGUCUUGGGAGCCACGCUGGUGGUCAUUGGAUCCCAUGCAGCCUUCCACCAGCUGGAGGCAGCCACCGAUGGGGAGGAGCUGCAGAUGGAGCCUGUGUGAAGGCCCCCCCCCACUCAGAGCCUUGGAGACCAAGCCUGCUGGCCCCCCUCCUCUGCCCAACCUUGCCAGGCCCUGAGGGCUCCCCCCAAGAGAGCAGGUGGAGAGUUUGGGAGCCUGGCAGAGGGAAAGCAGAGCCUGAGAAUAAAGUCCAGCCCUCUACAUAGGAAUGUGGCCUUGGCCAACA